AAUUUGCUAGGAUAUAAAAUGAUGGCGAAUAUUAUGCUGAAGACUGAAUGAAAAGAGGAGAGUAUGGGCAGAUGGGCUCCUGCACCAGAUGAGAAUUGUUAUGGAGUUGCAGUUUUCGAGUACAACCUCCACCGUGAUCACCCACAAUGCUUAUUACUUGAGCUAGGUGAGCGAGUGUACAUAUACGAGGAAUGUGAUGGGUGGUACAGAGGAUGUUCAACCAGCAAACAGCACAUUAAGGGUAUAUUUCCCAAAUCCUUCGUUAAAAUAAAGCCCUCGGUACGGGAAGUUGUCGGGAAUCAGAUCACAAUAAUCCCCAUAGAGGAUCCCAUAACUGAGGAAGCGAAGAGUGUUCUGCGGGAAUGGCAUGAGUUAUGGAAGGACUUGUUUACGGAAACAUACAAAGAUUCCCAGUUAUUUAACUACAAAGCAAGAAUAGAUCUCUUCUGCUCGAUCAAGGGAAUAAUGACGGAUAUCAUCAAGUGCUUGAGUUCCAGCUAUUUGGGCGUCCUAGGACAGAACCAAUUGGAAGAAAAGAAAGUGAAGAUAACACAGAGUAUAGAUAACGGUAACCAGCUGCUCAGCCUGGAUCUUGUACCACGUGAUGAGCAUGGCAACAAAGUAAACCCCGUCACCUGCUCGGACAUAUCUCCCGAUCAAAAGGGAGUUCUGGAACUGUACAAUAUUCAUAAGAAAGUUAACAUACACCGGGCCCACAAAGGAUCAGACGCAACCAGAACAAACGAACCAGUUCACUUGUUCCUGGGAAUAUGCCAGUGUGUGCUGCUUAACCAGACUCCAUUAGAGGUCUACGCUACCCUCUACAACUUCGACGAUAACAAAAUGAUCAGUGAGAGGUUUCUUGCUCCUCUAACAAAGAAUGGGUUACCUGAGGACAGGGAACGGUUAAACGAUAUCAGCACCGUUUUUACGGAUAUCUGCCGAGAUGAUCUCGUUAAUCUUUACAUUAUUAUCCGAUACUAUCGGCGAGGUCCGGUUAAACUGGAGUCAUCUGGUAAUAAUAACAAGGCUGGUGGAAACACGGUGGAAUAUCUCAGACCUUUGGGGCUUUCUUACAUUUCAAUUAAGACGCAUAUCGAUACAGUGGAAGCUAAUCUCGGAGUGAGAUCCGAUAACAACAUCAACCGGCUCGACAUUUACACGUUGAGUAAAGACAAAAGUGAAAACAAUUUUAGUGAGUUACACAGAAAGGUUAUCAUGGGCGAAAAGGCACAAUUCCAACAGCUAGAUCGAACACAAGGACUGUACAUUUCCAACAUUAAAGUGUUUCCUGGACCGCUAGAGUUAGUCAAGCAACAAAACCCCCACAUUUUCAAGAAGCCUUCUGUCGCUCCCGGAAAUAUGAUUACCCGAAAAUUGGGCUUCCCUGCGGUUAUUAACCCAACUGAUCAAAGAAAUGAUUUGUACAUAACAUUGAGAGAAGCAAAGUUCAGCAAGGGAUCCAAGAAAGCCGAGCGAAAUCUUCUGGUUCAAGUAUCAGUGAGAGAUGCUAAAGGGAAUGAAGUCAAGGGGGCUAUCUCUCGGGGCACAGGAGAACCCACUGUGGACACAUACCGCAGUUCAGUUAUCUACCACUGUAACAGCCCACUCUGGGACGAGACUUUGCGGAUAAACCUGCCUGAUCACGGAUCUUACAGUUUUGCUAACUGCCACCUCCUCUUCACGUUUAGGCAUGCUAAUGACAAAAACAAGAAUAAGGACAAACCGGGUUUCGCAUUCCUCCGACUGGCGAACAAAGACGGCACUCUGAUAUCUAACGGCAAUCACAAACUAAUAGUUUACAAAGAUACCGCCAGAGCAGCCGAGUUCAGGCACCAAGUUUCUGACUACCUCCAUCUUCAUUCUUACUUUAGUAUGUCUCAGAUUACCAAGGACACAAGAAUAUCAAGUGACAUAGAGCAAAAAUACAACGAGUUCCUUGAAAUCAGCUCGGUGUUCUGCUCGAGUAAGUUCACCCAGAACAGCGAUCUUAAGUCUUUGUUACAAUGGGAACAACACGAGGCAAGACUUGGGGAGAUUCUUCAAAGGGUCCAGGUGAUCCAGGGAGAAGAGCUCGUGAAGUUCCUACACAUGAUAUUUGAAGCUCUAUUCAUGAUUCUCGACAAAAAGGACCAGGACUUUGGAGAGGUUGUGUUCGAUUGUAUCGUCUUCAUCAUCUGUACGCUGGCGGACCACAAGUUCGAACAUUUCCGGCCAGUCCUCGACAACUAUAUCACAACGUAUUUCUUCCACACGCAAGUUUACAUCAAGCUGCUCGAUAGAUUGAAGAUAAAAGUGGAGCAAUUUCAAACCAAGAACAUUGGCGAUAUCAUGAAGGCGCUGGAGUAUUUGUUCAAGUUUAUUGUACAAUCAAGUCACCUCCACUCCCAAGCUUCCACAAUAGACCGGAGUUUUAGCAAGUUUACUCGAUCCCUUCUUGAAUUCUUCGACAAGCUCAACAACAUGAUUAAAGUACACCCCAACCGCCUGACAACCAAUAAAGCGAGACAGCGGGACAUUCUGGCAAAGACGUUGAAAUAUUUCCCUCAUACAAUACCUGAACUAAAUAAGAUUCUACCCCUUCAAACAACUUGCCAGAUUAUCAGCAACUUUAUAGACGCAGUUCCUUCGACUGACGAAAAAGAAAUAAUCCGAUACAAGCUAUCCUGUGUGUAUGAUAUUGUCAAAGGACAAAUCCUCGAAGAUCCUGUUGGUUGUGAGCUUCUGAUCCCACUGCUAAUGAGACAUCUGAAGUUCCACCUUAAAGACGAGGAGACUAUCCGAGAUAAGGAGGAGGUCAGAAAGGAGAAAACACAGGCGGUGGAGAUACUCACCCACAUCCUGAUCACCGUGUCAAACAAACACUCGAAUACAGGGAUAGUACGAGGAAUAGUUGACCCUCUCCUAGAGCUCCUCUUCAGACUAGUCUGCCAAGUAGACAAAGUAAAAGAUAUUGAUCUGUCACGUGAUUACGUGUCUUGUCUCAUAGCUCUGCUACAUCUGAUGAACGAUGAACAUUACACUUCUUACAUGGAGCCUAUGAAUGAGAAGGAUCUUAUUGAUUUCCUGAACGAAGUGUUUUUGGUAUUCAAGGAUCUUGUUAAAAGCAACGUCUACCCACCACGCUGGAUCGUUAUGAGCAUGCUUCAAUCUUAUGUUGUGUUAAACUCGAUAAUUUUCUUCUCAAAAGCUCUGUCCAAGAUACCGCCCCAGGCUAAUGGACCCCAGGACUACAUGGGCAAGAAAAAACAGCUGUGGGAGAACUUCUUCUACUUGUGUGUCGGGUUCAUCACUCAAGAGUCCUUGCAACUCGAGGAGUUCCGGGAGACCAAACGUCAGAAGAUCGCUGGACAGUACGGUGACAUGAGGAGCGAGAUGGGGCAGGAGAUGGUCCGAAUGCUCAAUAAACUAGGUGACAACAAGAAGAUAUUUAUACCGGACAUUGUCGGUCCUUUCCUGGAAGUAACUCUGGUACCGUUGGAGUCGCUUAGAAAAGAAGUUAUCCCCAUCUUCUUUGACAUGGUCGAGUGCUACCAUCGCGACAGAGGGAACUUCGAGAUUGUCGAAAGAGAGGUGAUAGACAAGCUGGACGUGCUAAUCAGCGGUGGUAAAGGUGACACUAACUACAGUUUGUUGAUGUACGAGACCCUCCUCCGUAAGUUCAACAGUCCGGAUAUCAACAGGUCCCUCCAUCAGAACGGUGUUAGAUUUGUUAACAGUGUCAAACUUCUUCUCGAACAUUUGCUCAACUUCAGGGAAGUCAGAGAAGGAGAUCAUCAUAGUGAAGCUAGGAUGCUAUGUAUCGUCAACCUCUUGAAUUUCUACGAGGAACUCAACAGACACGAAAUGUAUUUGAGAUACAUCUGGAAAUUGUACACUUCUCACAUCUCACAAAAGAACUUUGUAGAAGCUGCUUACACCCUGGAGAUGUACGCCUCUAAACUACAGUUUUCAGACAUCACGUUCGUGGAAAAGUUCGAGACUUUGCCGCGAGAGCGGGUUCGGGAGAGAAAAGGUCGACUUCACAACAUUAUCAUCAAACAUUUUGAAGAGGGCAAGAGCUUUGAGAACAGUUUUAGGUUUUACAAAGACCUUUGCGACUACUAUGAAGGGAUAUUCGACUACAAACAGCUGUCAGAGGGUCUCCAGCGGCAGGCUCAGGGUUACAUGAAGAUCCUGAACACUGUGCGGUACCCCAACGAUUACUUCUUCGUCGGGUUCUACGGUCAAGGGUUCCCAGCGUUCCUCCGAAACAAACGCUUCAUUUACUGUGCCAAGGAACUGGCUAGGUUGUCAUUUGUACAGAUAAGAUUCCAAGAGCAGUUCCCCAAAGCUUCUCUCUUAAACUACACAUCAGAUCCGAUUGCUGAAGUUAAGGACUCGCCUGAAACAUUCCUUCAAAUUUACAAGGUGACAUGUCUUAUGGAGGAGAGGGAGGAGUUUUUGGGGAGGGAUGUGCCCAGUCUCAUCUCACAGUUCUGGGAUACUAACGAUAUCGCCUGCUUCUGUUACGAUAAGCGCUUUAAUAAGGCCGGUGGCAAAAUCAAGGAUGACGAUUUCGCUAACACAUGGUUAGAGAAAACGAAGUUCAUUACAGUGGAGCCACUUCCAAACAAACUGAGACUUGUUGAGAUAGCAAGACAAGAAGUUACGGAGCUAUCACCGAUCAACACGGCCAUUGAAGCGAUGGAGAAGAAGAACCGAGAGCUCCGCAUUCUGAUCGACGGAUACAAAGCUCAGCGUGAAACUAACGCUAACCCUCUUACCAUGGCUCUGAACGGAACAAUAGAUGCAGUGGUUCAGGGAGGUAUCAAGAAGUACGAGGAAGCUUUCUUCUGUAAGGAGUACGGCGAGAAGAAUCCUGCUGAUGCGGAAAAUAUCAUGUAUCUGAAAAGGAUCAUCAUUGAUCAGGUGGAGAUCCUACAGGAUGGUAUUGAUGUGCACGGUAAAGUGUGUGCAGAGUCUGUGAAACCUCUUCACGAUCAUCUGACAUCCCAACAUGACAAGUUGCGACAAGACAGCAACAAGUACCGCCGUGAACUGGGCAUGUCGUCAGGAACUCCGUACAGGUCAAUGAGAACCAGUACCAUCGCCUCUAACUCUACUCUUCAUAGAUACAAUUCAACUUUAUCACGGAACAUGAGGAGCAGAACCUCAAUGAUCUCAGUAACUUCUGGAGAAGAGAGUCCCUUCGUAACAGGGGGUGCUACUCCUCCGCCUCUACCAAGUAGGAAGACUGAAGUUUUACCAGAUCCUCAAGCUCUCAUCAGAGAUCGGCGCUCAGCUGCUAAUGCAAAUGCUCCUGACACUCCUGCCUUGCCACCAAAGAAGCGGUCUAGUUUGAUACACAGUAGUCCAAGUUUGAAGCGAGAGAGCCAGAAAUCUAUCAACAGUAACGGGUCUUUGGACAUGAGUUUCUCUAACACUUCAAUCGAAAACGAUCAUGAGGUUAACAAUAAUGUACCUACUCUGCCACCGCGACCUAAAAUCAGCUGCUCCACAACACCUCCUGACAACUCUAACAACGUCUUAACUGGCUCAGCCCUGGAUAUAAUAAACGAAAGACCGUACGGUCCCUACUCUCGAGACGACGUGUCUCCCAGUCUUGACGAUCUGAUCACUCAAAUCGGGCAAUUGGAGGCUGAUGAUUUUGACACUACCAAGGCUACCAGUAGCAUCUCCCUAAAUUACAUGUCAUCCAAUUCGAAUGUGUUUGUCCGGACCAGAAGUCAGAGUCAAGUCUCUUUUGGGGACCUCGACCCUGCUGUUCCUCUGCCUGUCAAGAGUGGACCUCGAAGACGGAAAAGUAGUUUCGCUAAAGUUUUUGCAAAAAGUAAAGCCAAAAAGAAAUCAAGUUCUUAAUGAAGCAGUAGACAUGCCCCCGCCACUGCCUCAACGAACAAAUAGCUCGGCAGCUCGUCCUCCCAAAGUUCCGCGGGACAAGACAGUGCCUUUACCAAUACCUCCCGCUCAGUAGGAAUAGGAUAUUUAGCUGUCUCUCAUAAUUUGGUUUGUUUGCCUUGCGUUACCACUCACGCGUGACGGGAACGUAGUAACGCAUGACGUGGACGUAGUAACGCGUGAUUCGCUACAAAAAAACCGAACUCUGGACCUGUUUCUAGAUUAGAAUUGAUAUUGAUAUGUAACACGAUCAAUGAGUUUCGUCAGUUUUCAGCAAUUUUUAUCUUUUUAUAUUGACAGUAAAUAAUUUGCUUAAUACUUAGGUUCGCUUGAUUAUACACGGUAGUAAACACGUUUUUAUAAUUAAUACCGAUUAUUCAGUGUUUUUCUGGACUUAUUAUACAGUUGCAGUAUUGCUGUAUUGCAUCCUCUUUCUUAAUUUUCUAUAGGUUGCAUCAUAUUGAUAAUAAUGAGUCACUCAAUUAUUUCACUGUAAUAUGAAUAUCAAAUAUUGAUUGAUUUAGUAUUAAGUUAAUUAAUUUUCUGUUUCUUUAAAAUUUGACAAAGUUAACUGAUUUCGAAAUGUUUCAACACUGAAAAUUUCGUCAUUAUUGCACCAGCUGUUGUACGAUUUCAAAACGCCGUAUUGUUAAUAUAUUUUAUCAUUGAUCAAUUGAGUUUCAAGCUUUCAGCAAUUCAUGACUUCGGGCUUUUUUCCUCUGGUCUAAAGUCAUUGUAUUUUACAUUCCUUUAGCAUUAUUGUAUGAAGACUGUUCAAUUCUUUUGAGUUAUGUUUUUA